AUGGAUUUAAAUCCAAGCGUAAAAUGUAAAAUAGUGGUCGUUGGGGAUAGUGAAUGUGGGAAAACCGCUCUACUAAAUGUGUUUGCAAAAGAUGCCUUUCCUGACGUGAGUUUAUGUGACAUUUGUCUAUUUUUUUGUCAUGAUUAUUGCGUGUUAUCGAUCAGCUUGCAACUUUUCUUUCUACGUCUAAACAGCAUCGAUGUUGAUGAAUGGAUAUCACAAUUGUUUUUCAUCUGUAGGGCUACAUUCCCACGGUGUUUGAGAACUACACGGCCAGUUUUGAAAUCGAUACACAGAGAGUUGAACUCAGUCUGUGGGACACUUCAGGUGAGGACCCUUUGCGCAUUAUUAGCCUUCUACCGCAUAUCAGGAUUUCAUGCUUGUCUUCUGUUGUAGAAAACUCUAUAGAUGUUUCAUGCCUGGUAUAUAUUUUUAGCUACCGCAGGCAUGACAGUGACGCAGGCAUGAAACAUCUAGAAGACAAGCUUGAAAUCCUGAUAUGCAGUAUUGGCUACAUUAUGUGCUUUACAGUAACAGCCAGCCCAUUUGAGAGGAAAGGUCUGACGCUGCCUCUCUGGAAUGUGGGAAAGGUGUAGAUAGGAGUCGGAUAACGGUUAUGGAAACCUUUUGUACACCACCAGCAUUAGCCUACAUCUGAAACGACCCUCACACCCUUGAACACAUGAUAAUGUGGGAACUCAAACACUGGUGUUGCCUCUGUAUAGAAUUGUACAUCAGUCUUGUGAAAUCACCAUCUAUUAGGCUACUUACUGACAUUCAUUUUUGUCCUCUGCACUCUGAGGUAAAGGCAAACCUUGCAUUGUUUUGUAUGCCUCAGUCUGUAGGAGUAGAUUUGUACUUGAGUAAUGAGACAUUCUUUCAACUGUCUAUGAGGAGAGAAAAGCUAAAGGGCGGUAACGAAAUUAGAGACACUUAUUUUCCCCUGGCCAACAUACACACAUUCACUCUGAGAGCUUGGCCCGGCCAGUCCUCUUGCAUUAUUUGUUUUAUAAAGCCGCUCCCCCUCACAGCCUUACACACUCAACGGGAAUCCCAUAUAGAGCUCCCCGGGGGAUCUAACCAUAACACAGCCCCAGGUCUGCACGAUCUAACCCAGCCCCAGGUCUGGAAGAUCUAACCUUAACCCAGCCCCAGGUCUGGGGGAUCUAACCUUAACCCAGCCCCAGGUCUGGAAGAUCUAACCCUAACCCAGCCCCAGGUCUGGAAGAUCUAACCCAGCCCCAGGUCUGGAAGAUCUAACCUUGACCCAGCCCCAGGUCUGGAGGAUCUAACCCAGCCUCAGGUCUGGAGGAUCUAACCUUAACCCAGCCCCAGGUCUGGAGGAUCUAACCCAGCCUCAGGUCUGGAGGAUCUAACCUUAACCCAGCCCCAGGUCUGGAGGAUCUAACCCUAACCCAGCCCCAGGUCUGGAGGAUCUAACCCAGCCUCAGGUCUGGAGGAUCUAACCUUAACCCAGCCCCAGGUCUGGAGGAUCUAACCCUAACCCAGCCCCAGGUCUAGAGGUAAUUACUUCCUAAACUACAGCCUCGGAGUCCUCCAGCCUGGACUGGUUGGGUGAUUGGGCUGUUCUGCCUCCCUGGGUCUGUGUACUGCUUUGGGUGGAGAGGGGGAGUAGGGGGGUGAAGGAGUGCUCUGGGCUGGGUGGAGAGGGGUUUGUAGAGAGGGGUGAGGGAGUGUGUUGGGCUGCCUCUCCUCUGCUCUGUGACCUUCAGCUGAUUGUGGCGUCCCUUGGGUCUGUCCAGGACAUGACUCAGUGAUUAUACCACAGCUUCAGGAAGAGCUGACACACCAGGACUGACACACCAGUAGUGACAAACCAGGGCUCACCACACCAGGACUGACUGACACACUGGGGAAUAUUGCAUUACACACACACACCAGUCCUCACCACACACACCAGUCCUCACCACACACACCAGUCCUCACCACACACACCAGUCCUCACCACACACACCAGUCCUCACCACACACACCAGUCCUCACCACACACACUAGUCCUCACCACAAACACCAGUCCUCACCACACACACCAGUCCUCACCACACACACCAGUCCUCACCACAACACCAGUCCUCACCACAACACCAGUCCUCACCACACACACCAGUCCUCACCACACACACCAGGGCUGACACACAUCUAAGGAGUUCCACUGGACCAGCAAUCCCCUCCCUCUCGUCACAACAUGAUGGUGUGAUAACAUCGAUUUGGUGUAAUUGUUUUGAUAACCUUGUGGAUAGUGUGGCAUUUUUUGAGAAAUAUGAUAGUGUUUUUUAUUGUUAUCACAAACGAGUCUCAUGUGGAAAUUAGAGUACUGCAAGUACGUAUAUGGGUAUAGAUCCUCCAACACUUUGCCACCCUAUCUCUCUCUCUACUUUAUAAUGCACAUGUAGUCCACUUAGACUCGUGUGCUAGUUUUCUUAAAAGAAUAGACGUCUAUUCUAAUGAUUAAUUGAACAUCAUCCCAUAUCAUGGUGGCCUCGUUAUACUGCACAUGCCAUGUACAGUAGUUUACCUCGCCUAGUGAUAUCAGUACUGAUGCCGGAUCUUCAUUUGAUCACCCUGUUGCAGGAAAACUUCCUGCAAUGCAGAACAUUUUAAACGUAUAGUAAAAAGGCUUCUGAAGAUUGUAAUUUCCACUUUGACAUUUCAGACUUGAUUUUCCCUUACGAAAAAUGUAUCAACCCCUACAAAAAUGUCCAUUGAUUAUAAUCCACAUAAUAAUUCACGUUUCCUGUUGCUGAGGGAUAAUUUUUUUCUGCUGUAGAAAACUAGCUCAAGUUAAGAUCCUAAUCUACCUAAUUUCUACCUAAUUUCUACCAGCAUGUUAAAUGUGCAACCAGAGGGAAAAAAAACUCUAGACCACCUUUACUCCACACACAGAGACGCAUACAAAGCUCUCCCUCGCCCUCCAUUUGGCAAAUCUGACCAUAACUCUAUCCUCCUGAUUCCUGCUUAUAAGCAAAAACUAAAGCAGGAAGCACCAGUGACUCGGUUAAUAAAAAAGUGGUCAGAUGACGCAGAUGCUAAGCUACAGGACUGUUUUGCUAGCACAGACUGGAACAUGUUCCGGGAUUCUUCAGACAGCAUUGAGGAGUACACCACAUCAGUCACUGGCUUCAUCAAUAAGUGCAUCGAUGAUGUCGUCCCCACAGUGACCGUACGUACAUACCCCAACCAGAAGCCAUGGAUUACAGGAAACAUCUGCACUGAGCUAAAGGGUAGAGCUGCCGCUUUCAAGGAACGGGACUCUAACCCGGACGCUUAUAAGAAAUCCCGCUAUGCCCUCCGAACCAUCAAACAGGCAAAGAGUCAAUACAGGACUAAGAUUGAAUCGUACUACACUUGCUCUGACGCUCGUCAGAUGUGGCAGGGCUUGAAAACUAUUACAGACUACAAAGGGAAGCACAGCCGCGAGCUGCCCAGUGACACAAGCCUACCAGACGAGCUAAACCACUUCUAUGCUCGCUUCGAGGCAAGCAACACUGAAGCAUGCAUGAGAGCACCAGCUGUUCCGGAUGACUAUGUGAUCACGCUCUCCGUAGCCGAUGUGAGUAAGACUUUUAAGCAGGUCAACAUUCACAAGGCCGCAGGGCCAGAUGGAUUACCAGGACGUGUACUCCGAGCAUGUGCUGACCAACUGGCAAGUGUCUUCACUGACAUUUUCAACAUGUCCCUGACUGAGUCUGUAAUACCAACAUGUUUCAAGCAGACCACCAUAGUCCCCGUGCCCAAGGACUCUAAGAUAACCUGCCUAAAUGACUACCGACCCAUAGCACUGACGUCUGUAGCCAUGAAGUGCUUUGAAAGGCUGGUCAUGGCUCACAUCAACAGCAUUAUCCCAGAAACCCUAGACCCACUCCAAUUUGCAUACCGCCCCAACAGAUCCACAGAUGAUGCAAUCUCUAUUGCACUCCACACUGCCCUUUCCCACCUGGACAAGAGGAACACCUACGUGAGAAUGCUAUUCAUUGACUACAGCUCAGCAUUCAACACCAUAGUGCCCUCUAAGCUCAUCACUAAGCUAAGGAUCCUGGGACUAAACACCUCCCUCUGUAACUGGAUCCUGGACUUCCUGACGGGCCGCCCCCAGGUGGUAAGGGUAGGUAACAACACAUCUGCCACACUGAUCCUCAAUACGGGGGCCCCUCAGGGGUGCGUGCUCAGUCCCCUCCUGUACUCUCUGUUCACCCAUGACUGCAUGGCCAGGCACGACUCCAACACCAUCAUUAAGUUUGCCGACGACACAACAGUGGUAGGCCUGAUCACCGACAACGAUGAGACAGCCUAUAGGGAGGAGGUCAGAGACCUGGCCGUGUGGUGCCAGGACAACAACCUCUCCCUCAACGUGACCAAGACAAAGGAGAUGAUUGUGGACUACAGGAAAAAAAAGAGGACUGAGCAUGCCCCCAUUCUCAUCGACGGGGCUGUAGUGGAACAGGUUGAGCGCUUCAAGUUCCUUGGUGUCCACAUCACCAACGAACUAUCAUGGUCCAAACACACCAAGACAGUCGUGAAGAGGGCACGACAAAGCCUAUUCCCCCUCAGGAGACUGAAAAGAUUUGGCAUGGGUCCUCAGAUCCUCAAAAAAUUAUACAGCUGCACCAUCGAGAGCAUCCUGACUGGUUGCAUCACCGCCUGGUAUGGCAACUGCUUGGCCUCCGACCGCAAGGCACUACAGAGGGUAGUGCGUACGGCCCAGUACAUCACUGGGGCCAAGAUUCCUGCCAUCCAGGACCUCUAUACCAGGCGGUGUCAGAGGAAGGCCCUCAAAAUUGUCAAAGACUCCAGCCACCCUAGUCAUAGACUGUUCUCUCUGCUACCGCACGGCAAGCGGUACCGGAGUGCCAAGUCUAGGUCCAAAAGACUUCUCAACAGCUUCUACCCCCAAGCCAUAAGACUCCUGAACAGCUAAUCAUGGCUACCCGGACUAUUUGCACUGCCCCCCCCCCCCCCCCCCCCCCCCACCCCAUCCUUUUUACGCUGCUGCUACUCUGUUAAUUAUUUAUGCAUAGUCACUUUAACUCUACCCACAUGUACAUAUUACCUCAACUACCUCAACUAGCCGGUGCCCCCGCACAUUGACUCUGCAACGGUACCCCCCUGUAUAUAUAGCCUCCCUACUGUUAUUUUAUUUUACUUCUGCUCUUUUUUUUCUCAACACUUUUUUUGUUGUUGUUUUAUUUUUACUUUUUUUGUUAAAAAUAAAUGCACUGUUGGUUAAGGGCUGUAAGUAAGCAUUUCACUGUAAUGUCUGCACCUGUUGUAUUCGGCGCAUGUGACUGAUUUGAUUUGAUUUACAUCAGUUCGUGGGUUCACUGAAAUAUAGGGUUACCCCAGAUGGUCUUGUCUAGCUCCCUUCUCAUCACAUAGAACCUUACUCAUUUUGUUGGAGCUUUCUGGAGCAACAAGCAUGAAGAAUAGCACCUGAGAAUAGCUCUGUGACACAGUUAGCUGAAAGGUCAUUAGAAAUGCAUGCGACUCCAGUGUUCUAGUCUAUGUAUAUGGAUCAAUAUGUUUAGUAGAGGAAUUCCCCCAGUGGAAUGUCAGUGGUCUGACCAUGUCAUUGGUCAGGGAAGUGGUUAUAUCCACCCCCAUGAGAAAUAUUAGUUAUGUGCUUUGACUUGGAUUGGUGUCCUGUAUUUCUGUUGCCCCUAACCCACCUCUCUGAUUGAUGAGCCGUACCUUGAAUGAGGAAAGAUGCCUCAGAUUAGUUUGAUGUCAUUGUUUUAUCAUGUACACUUUUCAUCACGUCUCACAGUGACAGAUACGAAGGCUUGUCAUACAAAGGCCCUUCGUUUACUGUACUUCAAGCUCUAAAAUGGCAAUUUCUUACAGUCUGUCCCCCAUUUUUAUCAACUCAAUCCUACAACACUAUUUUAAUGUUUCCAUGGAAAAUCCUUCAUACCAGAGUUUUAAACAUUCCAAAUCCCUCACGUGUUCUGGUCGAGCCGUUUAUGAUACCUUAAGGCUGGGCUAUGAAAAUAGGGGCCUCACGGCUGUUUGUUUAACAUAAGAAAUCUGACUCACCAGACUUGAAAAUAUUUCCGCAUUGUUUACGUCUGCUGGUGUGAAUUUGUUCGUGAAGAAACGUGCAGGGAGGGGCAUCCAUGUCAGACCACAGCAUAUGCUUUAUAGGCACUCUACCGUGUUCAAAUAUCCAAAUGGGCCCAGUGGUACAGAAGUUUACUCCUAAGAAUUGAAACUGGGUUUAAUUGUGUUUAGGUAAAUUAGAGUGGAAAUUGAAAAAGACAGAUGGUGAUGGUAUCAUUGGUGUUUUGGUCCUUGUUUUGGUCCAGAGUGGGACCAUCUGGAUUCCAUUUGUGAGUCAAAACAUUUCUGGUUUGGGUGGGGCCAGGCGUUGUAAAGCCAGCCUCAGAAGUAGUGGAUCAGGUUUUGAGUGGUUGCUAUGACUGAUGUGAAAUAGAAUACUUUACCCCCGCAUUCUUUACAUUUACGUCAUUUAGCAGACGCUCUUAUCCAGAGCGACUUACAGUUAGUGAGUGCAUACAUUUUUUUUUCAUACUGGUCCCCCGUGGUAAACGAACCCACAACUCUGGCGUUGCAAACGCCAUGCUCUACCAACUGUGCUACACAGGACUAGAAUUCAAUGGCACAAUUCAGGAACCUAGGUUAUUCUACAUGGCUUUGUAUUCUAAAGGAAAAAGCCAUUUGGCAUGGAGCCCUUAGAAAAUGACACAAAUCUCCUUUCUGAGAAUGAGAAGCUUUUUCCUACAGUGGAGACUGUUUGAAGUAUGUGUGAGAUAUCGUGGUUUCCCCCCAGACAGUUUGGAAUAAAGGCAAUAUAUAACCUGUGUGAGGAGAGGAGCCCCCUCAUGUUAUAACUCAAAGGCCACCCUACCUUGGGGAACUAGAAAAUCCCCACAAUUUUUCACAGAGGGACAAUUGGGAGAAGGGAGCUUCCGGACAUUAGUGUUGGUUUGGUUUCUUUACCUGGGAUGCAACCUGACCCAGUCCACCACAGAGCUUCAACAGCCCUAAAGCUUCUCUGCAUUCCACACUACACACAAUUGUCCCAGGAAAACCUUCAGGACAUGAUGUUAUGUUACAGAUUGUUUAGUGUGUACUGUGUACAUCACAAGUGUGUAUUUCACUGGUAAAAUACCUCAGAGAAUUUUGUAGUAGUUGGAUUCUCUAACUUUGUUUCUACUCCUGUUUGGAAUGGAAACCACAGCAGUUCGAUCCAUCUCUGCAAAUAACAUUGUCAUUGUUUGAAUCAACGCAUAUAUGGAAAGGGAAAUGUUGGUUAACAGUAAGUUGCAGGAAUUUGAGUACCGUGACCCAGUUACCACAGACCCGCUUUUACUUGACUAACAACAUGGUGACAUGUUUGAUUUGCAGGCUCUGCAUACUAUGACAACGUGCGGCCUCUCUCCUACCCUGAUUCUGAUGUGGUCCUUAUCUGCUUUGACAUCAGCAGACCAGAGACCCUGGACAGUGUACUGAAGAAGGUGAGUGUUUUGGGGUGAUAUAGCGGACUCUUGUCCUGGAAGAUAAGCUGCCUUUGCUCCUCUUGAACUGGUGAACAGUCCCCUUGACCCUCUCUAGAAAGGCCUCUAUUUGUGUUUCUGGGUCAAGUGUCCUCUGAAAAACCUAAUUCUGCUGAAAACUAAGGCUGUACCAAUGAGGGGGGACUAGAACUAGGGCUGUACCAAUGAACAGAGACUAGAACUAGGGCUGUACCAAUGAGAGGGGACUAGAACUAGGGCUGUACCAAUGAGAGGGGACUAGAACUAGGGCUGUACCAAUGAGAGGGGACUAGAUCUAGGACUGUACCAAUGAGAGGGGACUAGAACUAGGACUGUACCAAUGAGGGGGGACUAGAACUAGAACUGUACCAAUGAGGGGGGACUAGAACUAGGGCUGUACCAAUGAGAGGGGACUAGAACUAGGACUGUACCAAUGAGGGGGGACUAGAACUAGGGCUGUACCAAUGAGAGGGGACUAGAACUAGGACUGUACCAAUGAGGGGGGACUAGAACUAGGACUGUACCAAUGAGGGGGGACUAGAACUAGGGCUGUACCAAUGAGAGGGGACUAGAACUAGGGCUGUACCAAUAAUAAUAAUAAUAUAAUAUGCCAUUUAGCAGACGCUUUUAUCCAAAGCGACUUACAGUCAUGCGUGCAUACAUUUUUGUGUAUGGGUGGUCCCGGGGAUCGAACCCACUACCUUGGCGUUACAAGCGCCGUGCUCUACCAGCUGAGCUACAGAGGACCAUGAGAGGGGACUAGAACUAGGACUGUACCAAUGAGGGGGGACUAGAACUAGGGCUGUACCAAUGAGAGGGGACUAGAACUAGGACUGUACCAAUGAGGGGGGACUAGAACUAGGACUGUACCAAUGAGGGGGGACUAGAACUAGGGCUGUACCAAUGAGGGGGGACUAGAACUAGGGCUGUACCAAUGAGAGGGGACUAGAACUAGGACUGUACCAAUGAGGGGGGACUAGAACUAGGGCUGUACCAAUGAGAGGGGACUAGAACUAGGACUGUACCAAUGAGGGGGGACUAGAACUAGGGCUGUACCAAUGAGAGGGGACUAGAACUAGGGCUGUACCAAUAAACGGAGACUAGAACUAGGACUGUACCAAUGAGGGGGGACUUGAACUAGGACUGUACCAAUGAGGGGGGACUAGAACUAGGACUGUACCAAUGAGAGGGGACUAGAACUAGGGCUGUACCAAUGAGAGGGGACUAGAACUAGGGCUGUACCAAUGAGAGGGGACUAGAACUAGGACUGUACCAAUGAGAGGGGACUAGAACUAGGGCUGUACCAAUGAGGGGGGACUAAAACUAGGGCUGUACCAAUGAGAGGGGACUAGAACUAGGGCUGUACCAAUGAGAGGGGACUAGAACUAGGGCUUUACCAAUAAACGGAGACUAGAACUAGGACUGUACCAAUGAGAGGGGACUAGAACUAGGACUGUACCAAUGAGAGGGGACUAGAACAAGGACUGUACCAAUGAGAUGGGACUAGAACUAGGGCUGUACCAAUAAACGGAGACUAGAACUAGGACUGUACCAAUGAGAGGGGACUAGAACUAGGGCUGUACCAAUGAGGGGGGACUAGAACUAGGGCUGUACCAAUGAGAGGGGACUAGAACUAGGGCUGUACCAAUAAACUGAGACUAGAACUAGGACUGUACCAAUGAGAGGGGACUAGAACUAGGACUGUACCAAUGAGAGGGGACUAGAACUAGGACUGUACCAAUGAGAGGGGACUAGAACUAGGACUGUACCAAUGAGGGGGGACUAGAACUAGGGCUGUACCAAUGAGGGGGGACUAGAACUAGGACUGUACCAAUGAGAGGGGACUAGAACUAGGACUGUACCAAUGAGAGGGGACUAGAACUAGGGCUGUACCAAUGAGGGGGGACUUGAACUAGGACUGUACCAAUGAGGGGGGACUAGAACUAGGGCUGUACCAAUGUGAGGGGACUAGAACUAGGGCUGUACCAAUGAGGGGGGACUAGAACUAGGACUGUACCAAUGAGGGGGGACUAGAACUAGGACUGUACCAAUGAGGGGGGACUAGAACUAGGACUGUACCAAUGAGGGGGGACUAGAACUAGGGCUGUACCAAUGAGAGGGGACUAGAACUAGGGCUGUACCAAUGAGAGGGGACUAGAACUAGGGCUGUACCAAUAAACGGAGACUAGAACUAGGGCUGUACCAAUGAGAGGGGACUAGAACAAGGGCUGUACCAAUGAGGGGGGACUAGAACUAGGACUGUACCAAUGAGAGGGGACUAGAACUAGGACUGUACCAAUGAGAGGGGACUAGAACUAGGGCUGUACCAAUGAGAGGGGACUAGAACUAGGACUGUACCAAUGAGGGGGGACUAGAACUAGGACUGUACCAAUGAGUGGGGACUAGAACUAGGGCUGUACCAAUGAGGGGACUAGAACUAGGCCUGUAACAAUGAGGGGACUAGAACUAGGCCUGUACCAAUGAGGGGACUAGAACUAGGCCUGUACCAAUGCUAGGGGUCCACUAGGGUUGUACCAAUGCUAGGGGUCCACUAGGGUUGUACCAAUGCUAGGGGUCCACUAGGGCUGUACCAAUGAAAGGGGACUAGAACUAGGGCUGUACCAAUGAAAGGGGACUAGAACUAGGGUUGUACCAAUGAGAGAGGUGACGGGGAGGAAUGUGAGAAAAAAAACUAGCGUGAGGCUCAGUAGUAGUCCAACCGGCCUUGUUCACACAUGGUCUCCCAGAUCCCAGACACGGCUAUUGUGGGUCUCAGUGCCCUUUGACUUGGCUCAGUAUUGUGCCAGCUGAGAGGAGGGUGGUCCAGUUAGAGAUUUUUCCCCUGGAGAGAAAAUAAUCGAACCAAGCUUUUUCACUCUCGGACCCCACUCCAUAGGGCCCCGGUCUCUGACUAAUGCUGAUCUUUCCCUUUUUCUUUUGUUCCUAUAGUGGAAAGGAGAGAUUCAGGAAUUCUGUCCCAACACCAAGAUGCUGCUGGUGGGGUGCAAGUCAGACCUACGCACAGACCUUUUUACCAAAUCUCACUCUGGCCAUACCCCAGUGUCCUAUGAUCAGGUGGGUGUCAUGUCUUUCUAAAUGUCAUUCAAGAUGAUGGACUUAAACAUGAUCCAGUAUUAAAAGCGCUGGGAACAAUUGGUAAUAGGCAGAGUUCCUGACUGAUCUCUCAGUGUUAUUCUCUCUCUGUCUCAGGGCUCUAACAUGGCCAAGCAGAUCAGUGCUCCCUACAUCGAGUGUUCAUCCCUGCAGUCUGAGAACAGCGUCAGAGACCUCUUCCACGUGGCCACGCUGGCCUGCGUCAACAAGGGCAACAAGAACGUCAAACGCAACAAGUCCUCCAGGAGCACCAAGAGGAUUUCACACAGCAGACCUGACCUGCCCCCAGUGGUGUCAGACUUCCAGAAGACCAAAGCUAAGACCUGUGCUAUUAUGUGA